CGCAGGAUCCUUUCUUAAUAAACUGUGGCUUGUAAUCGAACCUAUUCCGUUUUAGGUGGUAUCUUUUCGGGGUCUAAUAAAGUUCAAACAAUGUCCAAAUCAGUCUUCUUUAGGAGUUAAGUUCAAAUUUUCCGACGAGCACCCCUGACCUUCUCAUAUGGGAAUUUCCUCCCCCCCCCUCCCCCACCCCGGGGCUCCAAAUCUCUAACAGUAAGUGAAGGAGUGAAGGAGUGAUGGAGUGAAAUCGUCCCACCACUACAACUUGGAAAAUAUGAAUAUUUUCUACGUUGAAAAUGAAGAAAAAUAAGAAAUAAUUUGAGCAAUAGAAAUAAAAAUUUUGCUGUCGUCGUCCUCGUCGUUGUCCUAGUCGCUGCUGUGAUUUAUUUUUGCUAAUCUGUACUUGUGUAUCUUCCUAUCUGCAUCCACAUAUAUAGACAUCUUGUGCUUUUUCAGGUUCUAAUGGCAUGGACGUUGUUCUGCAAACCUCCACGGUGCAGGGAGGAGAGGGAGGGAUUCUCAUUAACGGUUCCGGACCAUUCGGGGAGAGUGGCGGAGGUAACAUUUCUGCAGCAGGAGGAGUUGGUUAUGGGGCUGGGGGAGGGGCAGGAGGAGCUGUUUAUUUAAACAGUGGACCGUUGAUUUAUUCUGGAGGAAGAGGUGCUGACGGGGUGAUCUACGUGGAAAUGGUCGAUUCAGUUUGUUUAAACUCAGCGGACAUAAUUUUUGCAGUCCAAUCCAGGGAUUCUUCAAGCGAGUUUAAUCAGCAGUUGCAGUACAUAAAAGACANAUAUAGCGUUGUAUCGAUCGAAGACUCAACCUACUUGCUUAUUUGUUUAAAGUCAGCGGACAUAAUUUUUGCAGUCCAAUCCAGGGAUUCUUCAAGCGAGUUUAAUCAGCAGUUGCUGUACAUAAAAGACAUCGUCAAGCAUUUCCAGAUAUCUCAUGACCACACACGGAUUGCAUUGAUCAGUUACGGAAGCGAAGUCCAUUUUAAAUUUGGAUUCAACGACUUCACUAAUUCCAACAACCUACUGCAAGGACUUGCUAGCAUCAAGAACGAUUUAAACGCGAGCAAAGAAGUGCAGUUUGCCAACGUAUUUGUGACUGCGUUAAUAGCCUUUCAUGAAAGUACAUCGUCUUCUAAGGCGUUAGUUUUGUUUACGUUUGCCAGGGAUAUCACACAACGCACUUUAAUGCAAAACGUUUUAAGUAAUACUAGGGCCCAAGGAAUUUCAGUAUCGGUGGUUGCCAUGGGAAACAGCACCAGCAAAUUAGGCCUUGUUAGUCUUGUUGAGCAUGAGCAUGACCUGUUUAGCGGAGACGCGGCUGAUGCUGAGGGAGUAGAUGUUCCCUGGAUUGUUGACUUCAUUUGCCAAGAUUCGAAACCAAAAGCAAUGGAAACUGACUCUGGCAUAGUGACCACAACCUUAACGUUAUCAUCAUCUGCCAUGCCACAAAGUACUAAUGCGUCAAUCAAAUAUAUUGGCCUGGAAUUCACUCCAUCACUUUCUGUUGUACCAAGUAAAACAGAUGAUUAUAGUAUAAGACAGAGUUCAGUCUUACCUACAGUUACUGCCAGUGCGACUGCUUCAGCCGGGUCAUCAGUCUCUCAAAACGGAAUUAGUCAGCGGACGGUACAGGAACUUCAAAAAGAUCUGGAUGAUCUCCUCAGUUUUAAUAUCUCUUCUAUCGAUAUAAAGGACAUUGCUAAAAUUCAGUUUGAGGUCAAAAUCAGACUGGUGCUUAACUAA